CAGUGAGAAGUGGUUUCUGUAGCAGUGAUGUGCUCAGCAGGUGGGGAAACACAUGUUUUCAGUCAUGUAGUGACCUCUCCAUGCCUCACAGACAGAAGGCGGUCUUCUUUAGACAGUAAAAAGAACAGCAGCAAGGGAGACAACAAGCAACCAGGGAUGGAUUUUAUUUGUCCCUCUGUCCUGGCCGAUAUGCUGGGUCACCACUGGAGAGACUUGCAGAAUGGCUUCUCUGACCCUGAGGAGUUCAAUAAGAUUCUAGUGUUCCAAAGUAAUGAGCUGCUGUGGACUGCACAGAAACGUGGCCUUUGGUCCUUGGAAUAUAAGCGGGAACUGACAAGCCCACUCUGUAUAGCUGCAGCUCAAGGCUUUAAGGAGUGCCUACAGUAUUUGCUUGAGCAUGGCGCUCACCCCAAUCUCAACGCGGGAGGAAAGGCCGCCAUUCAUGAGGCAUGUGCAAAUGCCAAUACUGAGUGUGCCGAGCUACUCUUGGAACAUGGAGCCAAUCCUAACCAGCUGACGGAGGAUGGGCUGACACCCUUACAUCUCUGCAGAACACCCCAGUCCCUUCGCUGUGCUAAGGCCCUGGUGCGUCAUGGUGCCAGGGUGGAUCUGCCCAGUGAGGAGGAGGAAGAGCUUCCAUUGCAUGUGGCAGCAAGGCAUGGCCUGACAAAGCAUGCCCAACUCUACUUGCGAUAUGGAGCACAUAUCAAUCACACCAGUUGCUCAGGUGAAACGCCAUUAGGGGUCGCAUGUGUGGAAGCCCAUGAAAAGAUGGGAGGUCAGGAAGACCAACUCUGCCAUAUUCAACUCUGCUGUCUUCUUCUGACUUAUGGAGCUAAUGUUAACCUUGCUGACAAGGAACAUCGCACUCCUCUGCAUAAAGCUGCCCGCAGCGUCCAGAUUAGUUUGGUGCAGCUUCUUUUGGAUCAUGGGGCAGAUGUCAACGCCAUUGACUACAAUGGCUGCUCACCACUGUCUGUUGUGCUGCAAAGCUCUGUGGUCCGUCAGGAGCGGCAGCCACACGUUGUUGUACAGACACUGUUAAACCGUGGGUCCAUUAAAGUAUGGCCACAGGCAUUGCUUAAGGUCUUAACAGCCUGUGCAGCAGCACCUAAAACUGUAGAGGUUCUACUGAACUCCUACAAUGAUGUUCCAGUAACAUCUAAAUGGGUUGAAGCCAUACCUGAGGAUAUUUUCCAUCUUUACAGGACAUUUUAUGAAUCUCUCUUUGCGCUGGAAAAUAAACCGCGCAGUUUACAGCACCUGUGUAGAUCUACAGUAAGAAAACACCUUGGGAAAUAUUGCUACUUAUUCGUUCCCCAGCUUCCUCUUCCAAUGAUGCUACAGGAAUAUCUACUUUUAGAACCUAAAGGCUACAUCAGCUAGAACAGUGAAAGUCAACAUUACUUUCAGAAGAUGAAUGAACAACAAAGUCAUAGUUGUACUUUUGAGGCAGCAGGGGGUUAAACUGUUUAGUAUUUCCCUAAACACAAUUUGUUGCGUUUUGUCAGAAUCUAUGCUUCAUUUAUCUUUUUAUCUAUAUGAUAUGUAAUCACUCCAUAUCAUAGUGAAUUUUGAUGAAAAAAUGCAUAAUUUGUAUACAAAGUCCGGUGGUAAUUUCUCAGUUUGUGCUUGAUUAUUAUAGUAUGAAGUUUAAGAGUUGUACUGUUUAUUGUUAAAACAAUAUAUAGUUUUGAAUAGUUUUUUUUUUCCACAAAUAAAAUUCUUUCUUCAGGGUGG